GAGAGAGAGAGAGAGAGAGAGAGAAUGGCUGACCCUGAAAUUUAAAAGGACUGGAUCUUUAAACUAAAAAAAACCAGGAGAGAACUAUUUAAACCAAACAUUGUUUUUAUAAAACACUCGAUCUGAAGGUGCGGUGUGUUUGAGCUCUUGGAAUCCUUCGGAAAAUCUACCUUGGGAGAAUUUGCUCUCUUUUUGAACGUCCUCUUCCCUCCCCUCCCUUUGCUCAUCCACGUGAAUCCCUGUUGGACACACAAGGAGAGACUGUUCACUGGAGGAAGUUGCCUUUUCCCAAUUGUGUGGGUGUUUUUUUUUGCGUUUGGAACCUCCGGAUUUUGAUGUAAACACAGGGCAAAGUGAGAGGGAGCAUCUCACAGGGACAGAUAUGUCUGCAGGCAAGCCAUUUAAUUGUCAGGAGAAAUUUGCCGUGGAGACCAGAAGAGCCCAGCUGAUUGGUUAAAGGGGAAGUCCGAGCUGAGAUUCAGUUGGCCGUCAGCGCGCCUGUGAAAUUUGAAGGGGCUGGAUGCAUCACACCGCGGAACAGUUUGGAGUGCGCAGUGCGCGGGAAGUUUUUCCGAUUGAUAGCCUGAGCCGAGCUGUGGGAGGGUGGAGCCCGGCCCCCCAGCGACCAUGGGCCCCCAGCGGCAGAUGCUCUGCCAAUGUUGGUCAGAACCAGUAUAACUCAUACCCCAGCCAUAUGUCAAGUGUUGGACACUCUGGGAAGUCCUACUGUCCGUCUGGAUCACCCCGGCCACUGCACGGAAAGCUGGACGGGAUCCACAGCUGUGUGCAGGCCCUCCUGCAUGAACAGCCGCAGCCCAGAGUCUGGGAGCAGCUCGGACAGAUCUACGAGUCUGAACACGAGCUGGAGGACGCCAUCAAGUGCUACCAGAAUGCCGCACGGCAUGUCAGCGGUUACAACUACAGUGACCUCACCACCAGAAUCAACCGCCUGCAGCAGGGGGAGGAGUGUGUCUUGUCCUCUGUGCUGAUGCACGGCACAGGUAACAGCGCAGUUUUUCACCAAGAUACCAAGCCUCAGGGUCCAACGGGCUCACAAAGCAAAAAAGUGACCAGGCUUCCGGCCCCGAUCAACACCCGGGAAUCUCCUCAGGCCAAGUCCAUGCUGAAUGAAAGCUCUUAG